AUGGGAUCACGUUGGCUGUGUAUACUUGCUUGCACAGUUGCGUUAUUAUGUACAAUUGUACCUUUUGCUCACGCAGCUGUCAUGUCCAUUGAUUAUGGCACUGAAUGGUUUAAGGUUGGGCUUAUCAAGCCAGGUAUGCCUUUAGAUGUUGCCUUGAACAAAGAUUCCAAGAGAAAGACACAAUCUGUUGUUACUAUUCGCCACGAUGAACGUAUCUAUGGCGGCGAUGCCAUCAGUUUGGCUGGAAGAUUCCCCCACUUGACAUACUCCAACUUGAAGAGCAUCAUUGCUAAAAAGUACGAGGACCCACUUGCCCAAGAAUUUCGUCGUCGCUACAUCAACCACAUGAUUGUCGACAGCGAAAGAGAUAUGCCUGUGUUCAUCCACAACGAAACAACUCAACUGUCAAUUGAAGAACUGAUUGCCUACCAAUUCCAAAAUGCAAAGCACCAAGCUUCUGUCACUGCAGGCGAGAAGGUCAAGGAUUGUGUGAUCACUGUUACACCAUUUGCGAAUCAAUUUGAACGUCAAGCUAUCCUUGACGCUGCUGAACUUGCUGGUUUGAAUGUGUUGACCCUAAUGCACGACGAAACAGCUGUUGCCCUCAACUAUGCUGUCAACCGUGAAAUUGGAAAAUCAGCAGAAAAUCACAUCUUUUACGAUAUGGGUGCUGGAUCCACCGUCGCUUCAAUUGUUACUUUCUCUAAUGUUGAGACAAAGGAUGGUAAAAUCAGUAGAAGUGCUCCUCAAUUGGAAGUGAGAGGUGUUGGCUUUGACCGCACAUUGGGUGGUCAUGAAUUGGAUGUUCGUCUUCAACAACUUUUGGUUGCUGGAUUCAUGAAGGCUAACGCCGGUCGUGUCAGCACCGAUAUCAAGACAUCUUCUGGUGCCAUGACCAGAUUGAUGAAGGAGGCCAACAGAGUAAAGCAAAUUUUGAGUGCAAACACUGAAACUAUGGCAUCUAUUGAAAGUCUUCACGAAGGUAUCGACUUCAAAUUGAAGGUGACAAGAGCAGAGCUGGAGGAUAUUUGCAAGGAUUUGAUUGCACGAGUCAGAAACCCCCUUCAAACAGCAUUGGAUGCUGCCAACAUGACUGUGGAUGACAUCCAAUCUGUUGUAUUGGUUGGCGGUGGUGUUCGCGUACCAUCUGUGCAAAAGCAACUUAUGGAUCUUGUUGGAGCUCAAAAGAUUGCAAAGAAUGUAAACGCUGACGAGGCCGCUGUUUUGGGCGCUGCUUUCCGUGGUGCCUCUCUUAGUAACCAGUUCAGAUUGAGCAAGCAGAUCAGCAUUAAGGAUGUUACCCUGUUCCCUAUUGAGGUGACUUAUAAGCCUGAAAACAAGGGCAAAGAAGCCAAAACUGCUGUUGAUACCACUCUCUUCAACAAGUUCGACACGAUUGGUACACGCAAGAUUAUGACCUUCAACAGAGUAAACGAUUUUGAGUUCGAUUUGUCAUACGGAAAGAACUCUGCUGCAGGUGUAGAUGGCAUUGCUAAAGUCAAGGUCACUGGUCUUACUGAAGCAAUGAAGAAGCACAAGGAUGAUAUCAAGGCAUCAGAGAUCCCUCCCAAGGUUAGAAUCUCUAUUGAAUUGUCAAACUCUGGUCUCGUAUCUGUUCCUGAAGCCACUCUUCAAAUUGGAAAGUUAACAUUCAAAGAAAAAGUCAAGUCAUUCUUUGGUGGUAAGGAUUCCAAAGAAGCUGAAGCAGAGAAGAAGGACGAAGAAGCCAAGCAAAAGAAUGAAACAGCUAAAACCGAUGGCACUACUGAUGCCAAGAACAAUACUGCUGCUGAAGAGGCCAAGGAAAGUAUCUCCAUCACCAAAAUUCCUUUGACUAUUGAAUUCAUUCCUACUGGUCUUGCUCCUCUUUCUGAGAAGGACAAGGCUAUUGCCAAGAAGAGAAUUGCUGAAUUGGAUGCUUUGGAUACUCGCAAGAAGCUCCGUGAAGAAUCCCGCAACGCUCUCGAAACAUUUGUCUACAAGGUGCAAGACUUUUUGUACAAUGACAUUGUUGAACUUGUUGCCACUGAAAGCGACAUUGAGAAGUUCAGGGAGAGAUUAUCGGAAGUCUCUGACUGGAUUUAUGAUGAAGGCGAACAUGCUGAUACUCCUGUAUUUACUAGCAAACUCAAGGAGCUACAACUCAUUGAACAACCCAUCCAACAUCGUGUCAGAGAAUACAAGGAACGCGACAACAACGUCAACCUCGUGGAUUCCACCAUCAAACUUGCUCGUGAAUUCGUUGCCAAUAUCAGCCAAGUUGCUGAAGACCUUCGUUAUCACACAGAGGAAGAGCUCGAUGGCUUAUUAACUGCUGCUGAAAAGUUGGAGCAUUGGAUGGCAGAAAAAGUAGCUGCUCAAAAGAAGCUUGCCAACACAGAUGAUCCUGUACUUGUCACCUCCCAUGUUGUGGAGAGAGCGCAGACUGUCAAGGAGCAUUUGAUGAAGUUGAUGUCCAAGAAGAAGCCCAAGGUACCAAAGAAGACACCCGAAGUACCCAAGAACGAUACCGAGAAGGAGCAAGAUGCUCCCAACGAGGACUCUGAAAAGAAGCAGCAAGAGGAAAGCACACAGAGUGAGACUCCUGCUGCUACUUUUGAAGAGCAUGAGCACGACGAGCUUUAA